AUGGAGGAGACGGGGGGCGGAAACGGAGUCAGCCUGCUUAACAACGCAUGCGCCGGCGAGCAGGUUGACGGGGCGGCCCCCGCGGAGGCGCGUAAAACCAACCAGAGCGCUCCAUUCAAAUUAGGUCCUUGUAGGGUAAGGACCUCCCCCGGCAGGAGGCGGGGGGACCCCAGGGGGAGGGAGCAGCACCACCUCCAAAGGGAGGAGCGAGGUCGAAGCCGAACAAAAUGGCACGGAGUGCCGGAAGUGUACCGGCAGUCAGCUUCCGGCUCAGAGUCAAGUUACAGCUGCUCAGACAGCUCGGAAGAGCCGACCGAGUCCGGCUGGGACUCGGAAACCGAGAGAGCAGAAUUAAUGCGGUUUCGAGCGAAACCGAAUAAAGCUUUAAACAAUAUCGAGAAACAAUCGCAACACAAACUCAGCGAUUGGGGAAAAAUAAAAGCAGCCUGUGGGGACCGGGCACCGGCAGCCUCCAUGCACGCUUUCCCGGGGGGGGUUGCCGGAGCGCGGGGGAACCAACAAAGGGCAUAUACCCCAGUUAACCCAAAGGAAGCCAAAGCGAUUUCAGAAAUAGGGAUCAACUCAGCUGUAGUACACACUCUUGAGGAUGACCUUUCUAGCAAUAACGAUCUGCUCACUUUUGAUAUUAAGCAAAUAAGCCGCAUGCUUUUUGAUGGGGCGGGGCGGACUGUAUUUAAGCAGGAAUGGCAGGACGACCGCAUCACCGUGGACAAAGCACUGACGCCGGUCCGACACUCCAAUCCCACCGCAACCAUCAUCCAGUACAUGGACGACAUCCUGGUUGCAGCACCAUCGACAAGCCAAGUAGAUGACCUGGUUGUGUACACUCUCACCGUGGCUAGACGAACCCGAGGGGUUCCUCUGCCUCAGUGGUUUGGACUCGACCCCUGGGAGUUUGUGAAUCCGGUGAAUUAUUGGAUAGAUAGGGGAGACGAACGAGUUCAUUUAGAGGGGCUCUACCGGACUUCAGCUGGCACUCUCGUCUAUCGUUCUGAGGAGCAAGAACGAGACUCAUUUGAGUGGGUGAAAGGUCCUCCAGCUCCUCCCCGGGGGGGGGAGGCGGAGGAGGCUGAGGCUGAAACCGAGGAUGAGGAGGAAGGGAACUUCCCCAAAAAGGAGGAGGACUCAGAGCGUUUGAGGGAUGCUAUGCGUCGUCAUACAUCAUUAGAUCCGGAGUCUGAGAUAGGGAUAAAUCAACUAGUUAAUUCAUUUUUGGGGCAGUCUGCUGGAGAUAUCAGACGUAAACUUCAGAAAAUUCGGGGACCAGAUGGGAGGAAUCUCGAAGCCUUGUUAGAGGAAGCCUGGAGAGUAUUUAGUAACCGUGAGGAAGGAUAUAAACAGGGAAUGAAAAGGUUGGUGGCAGUAGUACAGGAGGAAAGGCAGAGGAAAUACAACCAGAGACCGCCGAGACAGGGACCACCUCGGCUGGACAGGAACCAGUGUGCAAUCUGCAAAAGAAUUGGUCACUGGAAAGACCAAUGCCCAGAACGAAGAAGGAGUAACCAGCAGAUGGCUGCACGCAUACAAGACAACUGAGGAGGACCGGGGGAUUCCACCCCAGCGGAUCCACUGGUUAUAACAAUGAGGCUGGGGGAAGAAGGGAGAAGGGUGGAAUUUUUGGUUGACACGGGGGCUACAUAUUCAGUUCUAAAUAAGGCUUUAGUACCUGUGGAAAAUGAUUAUGUUGUAGUGCAGGGGGCAACUGGCCAGUCUGAAAGAGCAUAUUUUUGUAAACCUUUGAGGUAUAAAUUGGGAAAACAAUGGGGUAUUCAUAAAUUCUUGUACAUGCCUAACUCACCAAGAGCACUCUUAGGGAGAGAUUUAUUGGAACAGUUACAAGCAACCAUUACAUUCAAAAAGGGGGAAAUUACUCUGGAGGUAAAUGAUCAAAAAUACAUAGAGUUAUUAAGUUUAACUCUGACAGCUAUUGGCAUUAAGGAAGAAAUUGAUGAAGAAAUACUGAGUCAGGUAUUUCCUGGGGUGUGGGCCUCUGAUGUGCCAGGGAGGGCGAAAAAUGCCUCUCCCAUAAUAAUCAAACUCAAGGAGGGGGCGCAACCAGUGAGAAUCAAGCAGUACCCCCUAAAGAAAGAGGAUAGGGAAGGAAUCAGCCCAAUAAUUGAAAAUUUUCUGCGGUUAGGAUUAUUGAAAGAAUGCCAAUCUGAUUUCAAUACCCCCAUCUUACCUGUUCGGAAACCUGAUGGGUCAUACCGGAUAGUACAGGAUUUGAGGGCUGUCAAUAAAAUAACAGAAGAUCUGUAUCCGGUGGUAGCCAAUCCAUACACUUUAUUAACUUGCCUAACACCUGAGCUAACCUGGUUUACUGUUUUAGAUCUAAAGGAUGCCUUCUUUUGCCUCCCCAUCCAUAAAGCCAGCCAAAAAAUUUUUGCAUUUGAAUGGGAAAGCCCUAAGAGUGGGCGCAAAACCCAGCUCACAUGGACCAGACUACCCCAAGGCUGGAAAAAUUCCCCUACUUUGUUCGGGGAGAAACUUGCAAAGGAUCUGGAAUCCUGGGAAGCUCCACAGGAAGAAGGAAGGCUUUUGCAGUAUGUGGACGACCUUCUAGUGGCCACUCAGACGAGGGAAGCAUGUGUGGCCUGGACGGUAAGCCUUUUGAAUUUGCUAGGACUCCAAGGAUACAGAGUAUCAAAGAAAAAGGCGCAGAUAGUAAAACAGAAAGUUAUCUACCUGGGGUACGAGGUGAGUGCUGGGCAACGGACUUUAGGGCAGGCUCGCAAGGAAGCCAUAUGCCAGACCCCAAAACCCCAGACCAUAAAAGAGCUCCAAACCUUUUUAGGCAUGGCAGGAUGGUGCCGGCUGUGGGUCUAUAAUUAUGGACUGCUUGUCAGACCCCUCUAUGCUCUGAUUGCCGAUGGAAGCAGAGAUCUCCAGUGGACAAAAGAAGCAACACGGGCCUUUCACCAGCUGAAGAAUGCUCUCAUGUCAGCUCCAGCUUUGGGACUUCCAGAUGUGAGUAAACCAUUCUUCCUAUUUUCCCAUAAGAAACAGGGAAUUGCCCUGGGAAUACUGGCUCAGGACUUGGGUCCAUACCGAAGGGCAGUUGCCUACCUCUCUAAACAACUAGAUGCAACAGCCAAAGGAUGGCCAGGUUGCCUCAGAGCUGUAGCAGCAGUUGUGCUGAACAUUCAAGAGGCUCGCAAGUUUACCCUGGGACAAAAAUUGACUGUGCUAGUGUCCCACACUGUAUCUGCAGUACUGGAAGUAAAGGGUGGCCACUGGCUUUCGCCACAGAGAUUUCUGAAAUACCAGGCCAUCAUGGUAGAGCAAGAUGAUGUAGAGAUCGUGGUGACUAAUAUUGUCAACUCAGCUUCCUUUCUCAGUGGAAACCAAGGAGAAGCAGUACACCAUGAUUGCCUGGAGACCAUCGAAGCGACCUACUCCAGCCGCCCAGACUUAAAGGACACCCCUCUGGAAGAUGCAGAGACCUGGUUCACUGACGGGAGCAGCUAUAUUACCAAUGGGAAGCGACAUGCUGGGUAUGCAGUGACCACCUACAGAGAGGUAAUCGAGUCUGGACCCUUACCAACAGGUACCUCCGCGCAGAAGGCUGAGAUAAUUGCCCUGACCCGUGCCUUGGAAAGGGCAAAAGGGAGGAGGAUAAACAUCUACACAGACUCGAGGUACGCAUUCGGAGUUGUACAUGCACAUGGGGCCAUCUGGAAGGAGAGAGGACUGCUUACCUCACAGGGAAAGAACAUGAAACAUGCACAAGAGAUAAUCCAGCUGCUGGAAGCAGUUCAGCUGCCUGAAAAGGUAGCAAUUAUGCAUAUUAAGGCACACCAAAAAGUGAGCUCAGAAUUAGAAGAAGGAAAUGAGCUGGCGGAUAGAGAGGCAAAAGAAGCAGCAAGAGGUGAGGUAGCUACUGAAGGAGCCCUUAUUCCAGAUGGACAAAUCUCCCUUGAAGGUAAGCCAGAAUACAACAAGAGAGAUAGGAAAUUAAUUGAAGAUCAAAAAGGGACGUAUAACCAAGAAGGGUGGGCUACCAUUGAAAAGAAGCUGAGGACAGCUGGCUACCAGGACCAAGAGGGACCGGCUCACGACAGCGACGCAGAGGAGCACCGGAGCACUGGACUGGUAAGAAAUCCGGUGGCGGGAGUGGAAGACAUGCGCAUGUGUGUGAGUGAGACGAGGGCCGGCAGCCGGACCUUCGAAUUGGGACACAAAUGCCUCCUUGCCCAGUAA